AUGGGCGCCCGCGGCCUCCCCGGGCAGCCGCUCGCGCUGGACCAAUGGGGAAGGCGUGGCGCCCGGGCGGCAGCUGGCCCUGACGACGUCAUGGCUGCGGCCACUUCUGCCGGAGCCCGAGCGCGGCGGCCCGUCCCGGCGCGGACUUCUCGGUAUGGGCUGCGCGGCGCUCGGGCGGCUCCAGCUGCUGCUCCAGCUGCUCGCCGGUCUCAGCCUGUGUCCCCCGGCCGGUGUCCGGGGAGAGGGGCUACCGGGCUGCGGCGAGAGCGUCCCGGAGCCCUCUCGAGCGGGCUGCCGGAGCUAUCCCUGGCCGUGGUGCUGAAAGCGUGCCGCGCCGGCGCGGGAAGACACGGAAAGCGGCGGCGCUGCGGGGCACGGCAGCGUCUUCCGCCCAGCUUCUCAGGAGAUCCCGCGCCUUGCUGGAAGUGGCUGGCCAUUUUGCCUCCCAGCGGCCCUGCGCCUCCAGGGCAGAACGGCCUUCCUCCGGUCGGUCCGGCAGGUCUCCGGGCAAAGACCUUCCGGCGCGAAUAUGGAGAGGGAGAGUCCCAAACAUUCAUUAGGUUCAACGUGAUGGCAGUCCCAACCAGGCCUGAGCGACACGUCAGAAUCCAGGACCGGGUUGUCUCCCUGCAAGGGCACAUUCCAAAGCUGAGCUUAAAGUUCACCCUUGGCUGCCCUGUGGAUGGGCUGUUUGUGACCGACUACUUCACCCGGACACCUCGCAAGCUGAAUGCCUUCCGCUCCUUCACCAGCCUGGAGCUCUUCCAUUUCCGCAUCCCGGAGGACACGGCGGUGGCUGUCUGGAACCUGGUCACCUUCAAAGAGCAGGGUGGCACCCUUGGGGACCGAUGUCCAGACCGGAGCAUCACCGUGUAUUUCCGUUCGGGGGCACCGCCGGUUAUUAACCCCCUGGGUAUGCACUUCCCCAGGGACACAGCUGUGCCAGGCUCCUUUGCCCUCAUGCUCACCUGGACUCUGCCCAACAGGACCACCGGGGUCUUCAACAUCACCAGUCCCCUGCCAGGGGACUGGUUCCUGGCUGCCCAUUUGCCCAAAGAACAGGGCAAGAUCUCAGUCAAGGGACUUGCGGAGGACUGCCAGUAUCUCUUCCAGCCCCAGCUCAUCGUCCAGCGCCUGGUGGGCAUUGGGGUGUUGCACCCUGGUUAUGAGACUGAACACGUCCUCUCCCCCCACAAUCGGUCCCUGCUCUACAAGGUCUUCGUUCCCAGCUACACCUCCCGGGUGCUCGUGCAGCUGCGAAACUGCCACCGGGGCAACCAGAGUGCACCAGGCUGCCCACUGGGGCUGAAGGUGCGUGGUAAAGCCCCCCCUCUGCACAACUCCACUGCCGUGGACUGCCAGGAGCAGCUGCCCUGCCGCCUUGCCCUGGAGCUCCCUUUCUGGCAAAACUGGUACUUCAUCCUGGUGGAGAAGCAUCUGCCACUGCCCGACCGGGUUCACUUCCAGCUGGUGGUGCAGCUGAAGGAUUGUUCCCAGACUGGCCUGAGCGAAGCCCAGCUACCUGGCUCCCACCUGAACAUGCCUCAUUCCUUCGGCUCCACGGGGGGACUGGCGCUGGCAGAUAUCCUGCCCCCCUCCCUCCCCAACAGCUUCCAGCCUCCAGCCACCUCCACGCCCACCAUGCCCCCCCAAGGCAGGGAGCACUGCUGGCCCACCCGGCCCACUCUUCGCAACGAGCUGGACACCUUCUCGGUGCACUUCUACAUCUUCUUCGGCCCCAACGUGUCUGUGCCCCCUGACCGACCGGCCGUCUUUGCUAUCAACCUCCUGCCUGUGCUGGACAGUGGUGGGAUCCUCAACCUGGAGCUGAAACUGAACGUGACUUCUCUGCGCGGGGAGAAUGCAACUGUCUUCGCGUGUUUGAACCACGAGGUGCCUUUGGCCUCAGAAGGGGACUCCUCAGUUACCUGUGAGACAGAGCUUCUGGCUGGCUUCCUUCUGUCCGUCAGCUCCACCGCCCCCUUCACCCGGCUGCGGAUUCCCUACCCCCAGACAGGGAGCUGGUACCUGAGCCUGCGCUCGCUCUGCACCACAGACCGAAGGCCGUCCUCCUGCGGGAAUAUGACUGCUGAGGUGUACCUGCGCGCCUUCCUCUCUCCCUGCAUCAGCGACUGCGGCCCCUACGGCCAGUGCAAGCUCCUGCGCACCAACAACUACCUGUAUGCGGCCUGCGAGUGCAAGGCGGGCUGGAGUGGCUGGGGCUGCACAGACAAUGCGGCAGCCACCUCCUAUGGGUUCCAGCUGCUCUCCACCCUGCUUCUCUGCCUGAGCAACCUCAUGUUUGUCCCGCCGGUGGCCAUUGCGGUGCGGACCGGCUACCUGCUGGAGGCGGCCAUCUACGUCUUCACCAUGUUCUUCUCCACGUUCUACCACGCCUGCGACCAGCCAGGCAUCGUGGUCUUUUGCAUCAUGGACUACGACGUGCUGCAGUUCUGUGACUUCUUGGGCUCCCUCAUGUCCGUCUGGGUCACCGUCAUUGCCAUGGCCCGCCUCCAGCCCGUCAUCAAACAGGUGCUGUACCUGCUGGGAGCCAUGCUCCUCUCCAUGGCCCUGCAGCUGGACCGGCACGGCCUCUGGAACCUGCUGGGGCCCAGCCUCUUCGCCGUGGGCGUCAUGGCCAUUGCUUGGACAGCACGCAGCAUCCGCCGGCGGCACUGCUACCCGCCCACCUGGCAGCGCUGGACCUUCUACCUCCUGCCCGGAGCCCUGAUCGCCACAUCCGCUGUGCUGCUCUACGCUUUCGUUGAGACGGAGGAGAACUACUUCUACAUCCACAGCAUCUGGCACAUGCUGAUUGCCGGCAGCGUGGGCUUCCUGCUGCCCCCCCGGGCCAAGUCGGAGGUGCCCGGGCUGACGGGGCCCCUGCCUCGCCGAAAGGGCUGCGGCUACCACCUCUGCAUCAAUGAGCAGGAGGAGCUCGGCCUGGUGGACCCCAGCACCGCCAGCGGCGCCUCCAUCACUAGUGUCUGCGCCAGCUGAUGCAAAGAGGCUGC